GCAGGCUGUCCUGGUGCCACCAGGGAGCCGUCCAGCAGGUUUUUCCUCUCUGCCUGCUGUGGGGCACCCCACCGUCUCUUCCCCGCCUUGGCUGGGCCCGGCCCUCUCUAGGCUCCCGUGCUCCUCUCUGCCAGACACAGCCAGCGGAUGGCAGGCACUGCGUCAGGAUGCCCAGCAUCUUCGCCUACCAGAGCUCAGAGGUGGACUGGUGUGAGAGCAACUUCCAGCACUGGGAGCUGGUGGCCGAGUUCUACAACACGUUCAGCAAUGUCACCUUCUUCAUCUUUGGGCCUCUCAUGAUGUUUCUGAUGCACCCAUAUGUCCAGAAACGUUCCCGCUACAUUUAUGUCACCUUCAUCCUCUUCACAGUCGUAGGUCUGUUCUCUAUGUACUUUCACAUGACACUCAGCUUCCUGGGCCAGAUGCUGGAUGAGAUCGCUAUUCUGUGGCUGCUGGCCAGUGGCUACAGCAUAUGGAUGCCCCGCUGCUACUUCCCUGCCUUCCUAGGGGAGAACAGGCCCCAGUACAUCUGCCUGGUCAUCACCGCCACCGUGGUCAGUACCUUCCUGUCCUUCCUGACGCCCAUGAUCAACGCGUACGCCCUCAACAGCAUUGCCCUGCACGUCGUCUACGUCGUGGCCCAGGAAUAUAAAAAGACCAGUAAUAAGGAGCUUCGGCGUCUAAUUGAGGUCACCAUGGUUUCAUGGGCUUUUGCGUUUACUAGCUGGAUCAGUGACUGCUGGCUUUGCAGUUUCUGGCAGUGGAUUAAUUUCUCCUACCUGCACAGCAUCUGUCUAUACUCCAGACUGAUGGAAACCAGAAUCUCUGAAGGUGGGCCUCGGGCACUGGUAUUUUUUGAAGCUCCUCGAGAGACAUCAAUGAACAGGCAGGGCCCUGUACCAGGACCUGGUCUUCAGAUAUUGGAGUUAAUAACUGUGGAAGACGGUAUAUUUUCCAGAAUGGCUGCAACCACAUCUCCCAUUCCACAUGUUCUUCUAACAAUGUGACCUUUAUGCUCCUCUGUGAAGGAGCCCUUGAAUGUGGGUGGGCUUAGUCUAUGGUGGAAGUGACUCCAUGUGACUUCUGAAGCUAGUUCAUCCAAGGCAAUGCAGCUAUCUCCUGAUUUUCUUGGGACACUCACUCUUGGAACCCAGCCACCAUGCUGUGAGGAAGCCCAAGCCACCCUGUGGAGGAGCCCACAUGGAGAAGAACCAAUAGCCGGCACCAACUUGCUGGUGUGGUGAGUGAGCUGUGUUGGAGAGAUUCUUUGGCCUCAGUAAGUUCACAUCAUGAGGGGCACAGAGACGCUGUAUCUGCCAAGUCCUGCCUGAAUUGCAGAUGCUUGCAACAUCAGGAUAAUGUAUAUCAAUCAUGCAUUCCGCCAAAUGCUCACACUACCAUUUGCUUUAUGUUCUUCUUUAAAUCUACUCCCUUUGCUCUUACUGAAGUCAAUAGGAAACAUUGUGUCACUUACAGAAGUCAUUUGCCAUGGAUCAAAAAUAACCACAAAACUAGAUACAAUAACAACAAAAAGUGUUAUUAACUUCAGCUCAGUGAUUCUCAACCCAGUCUGCACAUGAGAUUCCCCAGCUGAACUUAAAAAAGGGGGGAGGGGGAGGUGGCCCUGUAUUACUCCAGACUAAUGAAACCAGAAUCUCUGAAGGUCCAACAACUGGGUCCCAACAAUAAAUGAUUAGUGUUGUUCUAAGUCACUCAGUUUAGGGUGAUUUGUUAUAUAGCAAAUGACAACCAGAGCAAAAUUGUGCACAGUGCCACCUUCUAACUUACUAUCUAAACAUUCUUCAUUUCUCCGAAAGAAAUCAGAAUUCACCUUCCAUGCAAUUCAAGUCUCAGUUUCAAUCUCCUCCCCCCUCCCCACCACCACCAGGAAGUCUUCCCUGAUAUCCUUAUUCAGCAAACGUGUACAGAUGCUCUUGUGGGGGAGGCUGCUAGUAGGCACUAAGACACAGGGCGGCAGAUAUGUAGCUCUGGACUCUCGGUGGGUCCCUGGCUCUGCCAUAUACUCAGCAUGGGACUUUAGGUAACUCACCUCCUCUGGGCCUCAGUUUCCUCACCUGUGAAAUGGGGGCAACGACACCUACCUCUUACAAUUGUCAAGAUGAAAUGAGUUUAAAAUUCAUCCUCUGGAGUUUGUGUACAGCAGGUGUUGGCUAGGACAUGGCCAUGCUAAUGACAAAAUGGGGCAGCCCUCUGUUUACCUCCAGAGGAAGGAAAAGAGUGGUUCAAUUUUAGGCAAAGGAUGCAUUUUUUUUUUUUUUUUUUUUGCGGUACGCGGGCCUCUCACUGUUGUGGCCUCUCCCGUUGCGGAGCACAGGCUCCGGACGUGCAGGCUCAGCGGCCACAGCUCACGGGCCCAGCCGCUCCGCGGCAUGUGAGAUCUUCCCGGACUGGGGCACGAACCUGUGUCCCCUGCAUCGGCAGGCGGACUCUCAACCACUGCGCCACCAGGGAAGCCCAAAGGAUGCAUUUUUAACAUUUUUACUUUUUAUUAUAGAAAUGUCCCACAUGCAGAAAAGUAUAGAGACCAGUAAUGAAAUCCCAUAUGCCCAUCACUUAGAUUGAACAAUUCAUAACAUUUGCCAUAUUUGCACUGUCUAGUUUUUAAAUUAAUGUAUUUUAAAGGCGAUUAGCCUGGGGGCAUUUCACCCCUAUGCAGCUUUAAAAAAUAAGGCCAUUUUCCUACACAACCAUAAUUCCAUGAUCACACCUAACAAAAUACAAGUUUAAACAUAAUGCAAUAUAAUUCAAGUUCAAAUGUCCCCAGUUGACACAGCUGGUUUGUUCAAAGCCAAGAUCCAAUGAAGUACCCAACAUUGCAUUUGGUGUGACACCAUCUCUUUGAACUCUGGGCGGUCCUCAUUUCUUUCCUCCCAUCCUGUUGACUCCAGAAAGCCAGGCUGUUGAGAGUUACGCCUUCUGGACUUGUCUGAUUGCUUCUCAUGGUGUCAUCUGCCAUGUGCCUCUAUCCUUUGUGUUUCUUCUGUAAACUGGAACUAGAGGUGUGAUUCAAGUUAAACGUUUGGGGCAUGAACACUUUUUUGGUGCUGUGUAUUUACCAUUGCACCUAGUAGGAACUUGUCAUCUGCUUGUCCCACUGCCCUGCUGCUAAAAGUCACUGAACAAAGGUGGCAACGGUAUGAUGCUUCCAUUGGAAAGUUAUUUUUUCCCUCUUUGCAUCUAGCAGGCAAUCUAUGAGGAGAUCAUUGGUGGACCUGAUACUAUCCAGUCUCCCGUGAACCUUUCAGUUAAUCGUGUUAGCAUCCAUUGAUGACUCUUGUCUGUGAUGAUUAGUUCAUUAGGGGUUUCAAAACAGUGAUUUUUCUGUCAUCCUUUUAGCAUUAUUUGUUGGCAUUUUUCUGCAAAAAGGGCUUUCUUCCCUCAUCAACUGGAGCUGGUUUCAUGCUGUAAAGGCUUGGUAAGUGAGGAGUUCAUACAAUUGUCACCUUCGAAGGUGACAAAUGUGCUUCGUUGUUUUAAUAUCACUAUGGACUCAUGUAUAUUUGUAUGUUCACAGAGUUAAAUGGUCCUUUUUUUAUUGUGGUAGAAACAUAUACAACAUAACAUUUGCCAUUGUAACCGUUUUUAAGUGCACAGUUUUGUGGUAUUAAGUACAUUCUUAUUGUUGGGCAACCAUCCCCACCAUCCAUCUCCAGAACUUUCUCAUCUUCCCAAACUGAAACUCUGUCCCCAUGAAACACUGACUCCCCAGCCCCUCCCCCAGCCCCUGGCCCCCACCAUCUAGUUUCUGUCUCUAUGGAUGUGACUCCUCUAGGAGCCUCAUGUGAGUGGAAUCAGACAGUAUUUGUCCUUUUGUGUCUGGCUUAUUUCAAUGAGCGCAGUGUCCUUAAGGCUCAUCCAUGUUGUAGCACAUGUCAGAAUUUCCUUACUUUUUGAGGCUGAAUAAUAUUCCAUUGUAUGGACAGACCAUAUUUUGUUUGUCUGUUCAUUCAUUGAUGGGCACUUGGGUUGUUUCCCCAUUAUCCUUUCUAAUGCUCAAAAAGUUAUACCUGAUCUAGUCAGAGCUCCAGGGAGGUAGUUUUGAAAACCCCCAACAAUUCAGAAUCUCAUCUAAGGAUAGUUUCCAGAUGAGUAAGAGGGAGGAGGCUGAGUUCCUGAAGCUUUUCUUUGCAACAACUGUAGCUUAAAGGUUCUUCACUGCCUGCUUCCUUCAGAGACAAAUUUCUGCACUACCCCACCCCCA